UAAUUUGACCCUCCUCACUUCCCUUAGGUCAAGGAACCUGCGCAUGUGCAUUGCGGUGAUUAGUACCGCCUUCCUCUCACGUCAUUAUGGCGGCUUCCGUGCAAAAUUUCAGUGUGCUGAGAGGACCGGCUGUUUUUAAGCGAUUAUACAGACUGCAUUAUUGUUCUUCGAGAAGAGCUAGCGCGAAAAAUGUUGUUGUUGAAGCAGAAACAUCCGUCAAGAAAGACCAUUGUGAAACAGGAGGAAAGAAAUCUUUUUAUGACCUAUUGGAGGAAAGGGGGGAGCAGGCAGCGCGAUCCCUUUUAAUAAGCUGCCCCUCAAAUACAUGUGAGAAAAAAUUCUUGAAACAUAUGUCCACACAUGGUGACAUAAACAAGUACUUCUUCUAUGAAAGUUUUGGCACGUAUGCAGUGGUGGAAUUUGCCAAAAAGGAGGGCGUCUUUUCAGUCUUGGAAAGGGCCAGUUUACCACACUUGCAGCACGAAGCCGCUGUUCCUUUCAAGUCCAGGCUCCUAUCUUUAAAAACAGACAAGUUGGGUGAUGUGCCCAACUCUCAGAAAUCUAUUAAAUUCUUAAAUCAGACAUCAAUGCCUGUGAACGAUCUCAUCAAGAAGCUAUCUAAAGAAGAUAGUAUAGACCAACAACUAUACUCCCUCACAGAAGCCUACCAGUUGACGGAAGAAAACAUUCGACUGCGCUUCCUUGUCUGUUCCCUGCUGAAAGACAUUGCUGCCUCUUACUUCCCAGAAUGCAGCAUAAAGCCCUUUGGUUCUUCUGUAAACGGUUUUGGGAAGCUCGGCUGUGACCUGGAUAUGUUUUUGGACCUAGAUGGCAUCAGUGAAGCUGCUCCAAAGCAGGUAAGGGCCUACUCCCUGGAAUACCAGCUGAAGAGAACAUCCACAGAGAGGGCCGCCACCCAGAGCAUUCUGUCUGUGAUCGGGGAGUGUGUGGACCAGUUUGGGCCUGGCUGUGUGGGCAUGCAGAAGAUCCUGAACGCACGUUGCCCUCUGGUGCGCUUCUCCCACCAGCCCUCAGGCUUCCAGUGUGACCUCACGGCCAACAACAGGGUGGCAAUGAAGAGCUCGGAGCUGCUCUACUUGUACGGACAGCUGGAUGAGCGCGUGCGUGCCCUUGUGUUCAGUGUGCGCUGCUGGGCACGGGUGCAGGGCAUCACCAGCAACAUACCAGGGGCCUGGCUCACCAACUUCACCAUCACUGUGAUGGUGAUCUUCUUCCUUCAGAAGAGGAGCCCACCAAUGAUCCCCAUCCUGGAUCACCUCCAGAAGCUUGCAGGACCCAUGGAUAAAAGCACGAUAGAUGGAAAUGACUGUACCUUUGUUAGUGACUUAACAAAGGUCAAAGUACAGAACAACACAGAAACAUUAGAACAUUUGCUGCCGGAAUUCUUUGAAUUUUAUGGCAACUUUGACUUCAACAAGCUUUCCAUCAACAUCAGAAAGGGCAAGGAGCAGACCAAGACGGAGGCCUCACCACUGCACAUCCAGAACCCCUUCGAGCAGUCACUCAACGUCAGCAGAAACGUCAACGCCACGCAGCUGCAGCGCUUUGUUUUGCUGUGCCAGGAAAGCGCCUGGCUAGUGCAGCAGAACGAGGUGGCACGGCGCAGUAGUGCCACGGGGAACACACCCUGGGGCCUGGCUGCCCUGUUGGUGCCUCUGGCUGCUGCCACCAAGGGCAAGAAGAGGGGGACACAAACACCUGCCUCCAGAAUCAAGGGCCUUCUGGAAUCCCUGAAGAGCAGCAAGUCACAGGCCAGCAACAACGGGAUAAAAGCUUCCCUUAAGCGCCGUUAGGCGGUGCUGUGCGAUGGCUGUAAUAUUCACCAGGUAGCCUAGGGGGCGCUGCCUCUUCCGCAGGACACAGCACCACAAGCUGAGCAGACUGUCCCGUUCUCCGACACCUCGCCACUUUUAGGGAUGUACACAGAGAACUAAAUUACACCGGAGAACACUGACUCGCGUGUUUCCUUUUUUGCAUUUAUUUGUAAAGCACAUCUUUGGACAUUGAUUAAAUAUUUUUAAAAAAUGUUCUUCUCAUAAGUUUUAGUAUCGGUUACUAAGUUGUGUACUUAUUUUUUUAAAUUGUGCAUAACAUAUAACAAAUUAUAAUUCAAUGAGCGCUGUAAUAAGAUGAGCAUUGAGGCAUUUAUUUCCAUCAGUCUUUUCCACCCAGGUGCAGUAUCUCACCUUCCUUCAAGCCAGCCUAAAUGGUAGGUUGGUAUUCCAAGGUACAAGAAGCAAUAUCAGGCGAAGUACUUUAAGGGUACAGUAGCAAGGAUGCUUCUAGGCUCAAUAUAUAAAGGACUGUGCUUGAGCGCUGUGCAAGCAGCUGCUCUGUGUGAAGGAGUGGUUUCCAGUCUGACAGGGUUGAUUGGUCCCUAAUGACUUUCUUUGGGAGUUAAGAAGUGUGCAGUGGAAACAUGUCGUUCCGUUUAGUGGGGUCAUGGUGUCAUGGGGCCGAAGGCCUACAGCUUUACUGGGACAGCACCUGGAAAAAGGCAGUCAGUUACUGCCGGUUCCAUUUUCCUAGGAACAUUCUGCUUCAGUUUCUCGUUGUGAUAAGUGCAUUUGUAGGUUUGUUGUUUCGCUGCAGGUGAGCAAGGGGUGGGCAAGUUAAAUCUGUGGCCUUCAAACCCUUUUUUCCAGAGGCUCUGUGCAGAAUACUGGAUGGAGAUCAGUUAUGUUUCAUACACGCGCUUGGCCUGUUUUCUCCUGCUUGUGCCUGUGUGUAGCACACGUUCUGGAUGCCCCUUGCGUACGUGAGAAUAUGCCAGCUUGGACCACUUGGCAUGACUUAUUCCUCUCCUCACUGUCAACUAGCUGAUGUGCCAGACAGGAGAGAUACUCAUUUCCUUCCUCCCGUGGGGGUGUGGGCAGAGGGGUCUUUUUUUUUUUCUUUGUUUGCCAGUGAUUUAAGAUGAACUGAAAUUCUGGGUGUUUGUGACACAAGGCCCACAGGCAGGAGUUCACGUUCCAAACUUUGUUUUGGCUGGGAUACCCUCCCCUGAGUUGAACAAUCUUAAAAGUGGCUGGACCUCUGAAAAUGCAGCGGAGGAGUGUUUAAAAAUGAAUAAAAGCUCUCUGAGCAAUUUUAUGUUGGAGUUGGACUGGAUUUAUUUUUUUUAUUAAUAUUAUUGGGGUAUUUACUUUUGCGUUUUGUCUUUUAGAUAGAAAUACAGUUAAGAUGAAACAGCAUACAUAGAGAAUAGGGUCUGUGUUUUUCUUUUAUUUUUUUAUUUUUUUAAUUUCCCUCUACUUUGAUGUGUUCUUUAUUAAACAAUGGGGCCAUGUUCCAGGCUGACUCGUCUGUACAGCAUAGUUUACAAACAAAAAGCUGAGCAUUCUGGGAGGCGAUCCCCAUUCACUUCCUCUUUUCAGUUCCACAUAUUGUCUCUGUGGCUUUGUGCAGAUCCAUUACUUCAGCUUCCGCUGUCGGCACAGACAGAGCCGCGUACUUUCCAAGUCACUUUUGUCCCACCCGCACUUUAACGGAUACGUGUCCACAAGGCUCCAACUUUGAAGACCAGGGUGAAGGACAGAUCAACUUGUACGAACUGACAACGUGCCAGCCUGCAUGGAAAGACUUCACCCCAAAUACCUUUUCGGUUCUGGUUCUCGGGUUGCGUUUUUGCUCUUUAACCUGGAGAUCCAUGGAGCACAGUACCAGUCAAAAGUAUGAGUACGCCUGGGAAACCGAGGCGAUACUUAUAUAAGACGAACUGGAUAGAGGCAAAGCAGAGUCAAAACGUCCAACAAGUGCCCUACAUUGUGGAAGUCGCUGCCAAAGCACCUUGGAAAGAAAUUAAAGCAUUUCCUGCUAAUCCUUAUUAACUGAAAGCCUAGAAACAAACUGGAAAAGUGUAUUUGAAGUUUUGACUAGUACCAUAAGUGCAUGUUUCAUUCCAUCGGCGUACUUGACAAAGUGAAGUAGUUCAAUCAGGGAAAUGCAAGCUAUUCAUAAAUGACACUAACCCCACUGUGUGUGUUGGAGUGCCAUUGUUUCUUUUGCUCGACUUCAUUACGUAACCGAUGACCAGGGUGGCCGCGGAUGGUUGCUCCUGGGGAGCACGUUCCCUCUUAAUGUGACACACAUAGCAGGCUCCUUUCAGUGACCUCAUCCACCAUGGCCCUGAAUCCUGUCUGCAUGCACUGCCUCUAUUCAGGUCGUUGAUGAUGGAUGGGAGGCGCCGUGGGGCCUUUUCAUUCACGUCACCUUUGCUCCGGACUUCCAAAGUGGGGUAACGGUGUAAAUAUGCGCCGCGGUGCUCUACGAGUAUAGCUUAGUGCCAACAGUGCUGCCCUACUUGUAAACAGAUAAGUAGAGAAUGUGAUGUAAAUGUUCUCUAAAACUGUAGCUCUAGAAUCAGUGUUUUGCAUUCAGAAUAUGUUAAAAUAUAUAUAGUCCACACACACAUUCCCUGUUCUUCAGUCUCCCAAUAUCCAGUUUUCCUCAUAUUUAUUCCAGGAUUAAUAACACCUCUUAUCAUGAGUCAAUCUAGAUUUUUGUUUUUCUGGUCUGCGACAUCCAGUCCCGGCCCGUGAAAUUCAGUAUUGUCCUGUAACCUGAAUUUGCAUUUUAAAGUUGCGCUAAGUAGCAGUGUGAGAGACUGAGAUGCAGUGCAUUAUGGGAACAGUGUACCCACACACUCAGGUGCCAUGUGGCAUGUAAAUGUUGUGUUUUCAUACCCAUGCGUUUGUUUGCAUUUUUUGUUGCGUUAUUGUGCUUUUCAUUUAUUCAGCUAUUAAUUUAUUUAAAUGCCUUUCCUCAAGCUGGUUCUCCAAGUUUUUUUCUGUUUUGUAUUUAAGUCUUAUUGAUCCUAUUUCAAUGUGUUGCACAACUCUUUUCCGAUAUUAGGCAUCAUUUAGGGUAAUUUUCAGGUGAACUUUGAGUGGACGGGGAAUGAACUGGAAUUUUCCUAAAAAUAACGGGAUAAGUCAUUUAAUUUUGUUUUUUUGGUAUUUGAUCUGUUUUCAGGAACAAAUUUAGAACUCUCAUAUCAUUAAGUAAAUAUAUACACACACUUUUCAAUUUAUGUUAAAACUUAAAAUUGAAAUCUCAAAG